CCUGCACUGCGGUGUUUCCCGCGCGGGCUACCCCAGUUCGCAGGCGUACGGCGGGGCCUUUGGUACAGCCGCCGGCGCCGCCACGGUCAUGGGUUUCCUGAAGCUGAUUGAGAUCGAGAACUUUAAGUCGUACAAGGGUCGACAGAUUAUCGGACCAUUUCAGAGGUUCACCGCCAUCAUUGGACCCAAUGGCUCUGGUAAGUCAAAUCUCAUGGAUGCCAUCAGCUUUGUGCUGGGUGAGAAAACCAGCAACCUGCGGGUUAAGACCCUGAGGGACCUGAUCCAUGGAGCUCCUGUGGGCAAGCCAGCUGCCAACCGGGCCUUUGUCAGCAUGGUCUACUCUGAGGAGGGUGCUGAGGAUCGCACCUUUGCCCGUGUCAUUGUUGGGGGUUCCUCUGAGUACAAAAUCAACAACAAAGUGGUCCAACUACAUGAGUACAGUGAGGAAUUAGAGAAGUUGGGCAUUCUUAUCAAAGCUCGUAACUUCCUCGUCUUCCAGGGUGCUGUGGAAUCUAUUGCCAUGAAGAACCCCAAAGAGAGGACAGCUCUUUUUGAAGAGAUCAGUCGCUCUGGGGAGCUGGCCCAGGAAUAUGACAAACGAAAGAAGGAGAUGGUGAAAGCUGAAGAGGACACUCAGUUUAAUUACCAUCGCAAAAAAAACAUUGCAGCUGAACGCAAGGAGGCCAAACAGGAAAAAGAAGAGGCUGACCGUUACCAGCGCCUGAAAGAUGAGGUGGUGCGAGCUCAGGUACAGUUGCAGCUUUUCAAACUUUAUCAUAAUGAAGUGGAAAUCGAGAAGCUCAACAAGGAACUAGCCUCUAAGAACAAGGAGAUCGAGAAGGACAAGAAGCGGAUGGACAAGGUAGAGGAUGAGCUGAAGGAGAAGAAGAAGGAGCUGGGCAAAAUGAUGCGGGAGCAGCAGCAGAUUGAGAAGGAGAUCAAGGAGAAGGACUCAGAGCUGAACCAGAAGCGGCCUCAGUACAUCAAAGCCAAGGAGAAUACCUCCCACAAAAUCAAGAAGCUGGAAGCAGCCAAGAAGUCCCUACAGAAUGCACAGAAGCAUUACAAGAAGCGCAAAGGUGACAUGGAUGAGCUGGAAAAGGAGAUGCUGUCAGUGGAGAAAGCCCGGCAGGAAUUUGAGGAACGGAUGGAAGAGGAGAGUCAGAGUCAGGGCAGAGAUUUGACCCUGGAGGAGAAUCAGGUGAAGAAAUAUCAUCGGUUGAAAGAAGAAGCCAGCAAGAGAGCAGCUACCCUGGCCCAGGAGCUGGAGAAGUUCAAUAGAGACCAGAAAGCCGACCAGGACCGGCUGGAUCUGGAAGAGAGGAAGAAAGUAGAGACAGAGGCCAAGAUCAAGCAAAAGCUUCGGGAGAUUGAAGAGAAUCAGAAGCGGAUUGAGAAACUAGAGGAAUACAUCACGACCAGCAAGCAGUCCCUAGAGGAGCAGAAAAAGCUAGAGGGGGAGCUGACAGAGGAGGUGGAGAUGGCCAAGCGGCGUAUUGAUGAGAUCAAUAAGGAGCUGAACCAGGUGAUGGAGCAGCUGGGGGAUGCCCGCAUUGACCGGCAGGAGAGCAGCCGCCAACAGCGAAAGGCAGAGAUUAUGGAGAGUAUCAAGCGCCUGUACCCUGGCUCUGUGUAUGGCCGCCUCAUUGACCUCUGCCAGCCCACACAAAAGAAGUAUCAGAUUGCUGUAACCAAGGUUUUGGGCAAGAACAUGGAUGCCAUUAUCGUGGACUCAGAGAAGACAGGCCGGGACUGUAUUCAGUAUAUCAAGGAGCAGCGUGGGGAGCCUGAGACCUUCUUGCCUCUUGAUUACCUGGAGGUGAAACCUACAGAUGAGAAACUCCGGGAGCUGAAGGGGGCCAAGCUGGUGAUUGAUGUGAUUCGCUAUGAGCCACCUCACAUCAAAAAGGCCCUGCAGUACGCUUGUGGCAAUGCCCUUGUGUGUGACAACGUGGAGGACGCCCGCCGCAUUGCCUUUGGAGGCCACCAGCGCCACAAGACAGUGGCAUUGGAUGGGACCCUGUUCCAGAAGUCAGGGGUGAUCUCUGGCGGGGCCAGUGACCUAAAGGCCAAGGCACGGCGCUGGGAUGAGAAAGCAGUAGACAAGUUGAAAGAGAAGAAGGAGCGGUUGACAGAAGAGCUGAAGGAGCAGAUGAAGGCAAAGCGGAAAGAGGCAGAACUGCGUCAAGUGCAGUCUCAGGCUCACGGACUGCAGAUGCGGCUCAAGUACUCACAGAGCGACCUAGAACAGACCAAGACACGACACCUAGCCCUGAAUCUGCAGGAGAAGUCUAAGCUGGAGAGUGAGCUAGCCAACUUUGGGCCUCGCAUCAAUGAUAUCAAGAGGAUCAUCCAGAGCCGAGAGAGGGAGAUGAAAGACUUGAAGGAGAAGAUGAACCAGGUAGAGGAUGAGGUGUUUGAAGAGUUCUGUCGGGAGAUCGGUGUGCGCAACAUCCGGGAGUUUGAGGAAGAGAAGGUGAAGCGGCAGAAUGAAAUCGCCAAGAAGCGUUUGGAAUUUGAGAAUCAGAAGACUCGCUUGGGCAUCCAGCUGGAUUUUGAAAAGAACCAACUGAAGGAAGACCAGGAUAAAGUACACAUGUGGGAGCAGACAGUGAAAAAAGAUGAAAAUGAGAUAGAAAAGCUCAAGAAGGAGGAGCAAAGACACAUGAAGAUCAUAGAUGAGACCAUGGCCCAGCUACAAGACCUGAAGAAUCAGCACCUGGCCAAGAAGUCUGAGGUGAAUGACAAGAACCACGAGAUGGAGGAGAUUCGUAAGAAACUGGGGGGCGCCAACAAGGAAAUGACCCAUUUACAAAAGGAGGUGACAGCAAUUGAGACCAAGCUUGAACAGAAGCGCAGUGACCGCCAUAACUUGCUGCAGGCCUGCAAGAUGCAGGACAUCAAGUUGCCAUUAUCUAAGGGCACCAUGGACGAUAUUAGUCAGGAAGAGGGUAGCUCCCAGGGGGAGGAUUCGGUGAGUGGCUCCCAGAGAACUUCCAAUAUCUACGCACGAGAGGCCCUCAUUGAGAUUGACUACGGUGACCUGUGUGAGGAUCUAAAGGAUGCCCAGGCCGAGGAGGAGAUCAAGCAGGAGAUGAACACACUGCAGCAGAAGCUGAAUGAGCAGCAGAGUGUGCUCCAGCGUAUUGCUGCUCCGAACAUGAAGGCCAUGGAGAAGCUGGAAAGUGUCCGAGACAAGUUCCAGGAGACCUCAGACGAGUUUGAGGCAGCCCGAAAACGAGCCAAGAAGGCCAAGCAAGCAUUUGAACAGAUCAAGAAGGAGCGCUUUGACCGCUUCAAUGCUUGUUUUGAAUCUGUGGCCACCAACAUUGAUGAGAUCUACAAGGCCCUGUCCCGUAACAGCAGUGCCCAGGCAUUCUUGGGCCCUGAGAACCCUGAGGAGCCCUACUUGGAUGGCAUCAACUACAAUUGUGUGGCUCCUGGCAAACGCUUCCGGCCUAUGGACAACUUGUCAGGGGGCGAGAAAACAGUGGCAGCUCUGGCCCUGCUCUUUGCCAUACACAGCUACAAGCCAGCCCCCUUCUUCGUCCUGGAUGAGAUCGAUGCUGCCCUGGAUAACACCAACAUUGGCAAGGUGGCAAAUUACAUCAAGGAGCAGUCGACUUGCAACUUCCAGGCCAUCGUCAUUUCUCUCAAGGAGGAGUUCUACACCAAGGCAGAGAGCCUCAUUGGCGUCUACCCUGAGCAAGGGGACUGUGUGAUCAGCAAAGUCCUGACCUUCGACCUCACCAAGUACCCAGAUGCCAACCCCAACCCCAAUGAGCAGUAGCAGUAGUUCUGCCCUCCUGCCCUGUCUGGAUCCCUAAGCCUUCCCUCUCCCAAUCUCUGGAUAUUUGGCUCCCAACCUUCCCCUACCUCCUGUCCCUGUUUGGUAUAAUCAUGGGAUUUAGGCACUGCUAUCAAGCACGAAGAGGAACAGAGGUGAUGUUAGUUCUGGAGCAAAAAUUCCUGAGCUUCAGGGAGCAUCCUGGCCUCUGGAAGGAGGUGCUGAGCUGAGCUGAACUGAGCUGAACAGGGUCAUCUGUCCAUCCCUCCCUUCCCUCAUCCUGGACCUUCUCCCAUCAACCAUGAUCAUGGGUCCCUUGGGCCCCCCUGCAUUUUGCUUGUGUGUGGGUAUGUAUGUGUGUGUAUAUGUGCCUGCAUGUGUGCAUGUGGGUGUGUUUGCAAAAUAAUAAAGAUAUUGGAGACCCAUUUUAGAAGGAGCCUAGGCUGAAUUUGAUUCCAAGAGAGCUUAGUAUGACAGCACCCCAGAGCUGGGCAAAAGUAUUCUGGACUUCAUAGGAUUCAGGCAGUUACAUGAAACUGCCCUCAUUCACUCAUUCAUGUUUUCAUUCAUUCGUGUGUUCAUCAGACACAUACUGAACACCCUCUGUUUUGUCAGGCUGUAUGCUAGGAAUAUGGAACUGAAUCAGACAUGAUCUCUACCCUCCUACUAAGGAAAUGCUAGUGGGUUCAUGAGUUCCCGUAGUUAGCAGAAUCUUGUAUAGGUGCUUUGAAUUUACGAAGAGGACGAUCACCUCCAGGCUUCCUGGAGGUCACAUUUGAGCUGGACCUUGACAAAUUGGUAGGAUUUGUUUGGGUACUAGGAGCAGAGCCUGGGCUCUGAGGACAGUUCUAGGCCCAUUUUUUAUCACUUACUAGUUUGAUGUUGGGCAAGUCAUUGGACCUUUCUGUGCCUCAGUUUCCUCAUCUGUAAAAUGGGGCUAACAGUAUUUACCUACCUCAUAGGAUUUAAUGAUGUCAAACUCCUCACUGGAGGCCUUAUCCCUGCUUGGAGCCCACUAGGUGCCAACCCCUCAGAAUCCAAGCCUUCUCAUGCCCAACCCCUGAGUGCUUCUGAUCCCAGCUGUUAGGGUCAGAAGGAGCCUCCAAAUCUGGGAGAUGCAGAGUGCCCUGGUUAUUGGGAAAGUUCCAGGGCACUGGUGGGGUUUACCUGGUAAGCAGAGGGCCUAAGGAAGCCUAAUGCUUCGACCAUGUAUGAUAACUGAGUGCCUGGGCCCCAACCUGGGUUGUGAGGAAGUAGGGGAGAGGUAGCCUGGGCCACAUCCCUGCCAAGUGUGUAUGACGUCCCUUUUAGGAACUAAUAUUAGUUGCAGGGACCGUGCAGAGGCAGCAGAGUCUGCUGCCAUGAGGUCAGUCUUUGCUUGUUCACAUAUACCAUCAGACCAUCACUUUGUCCUGAUCUGUAUGCUACGUUUUUGUUUUUUAAAAGUUAAGUCAGUUCUGAUUACGCAAGGAAUGCACGAAUCCAUUUUCUUUUUAAGAAAUUAGAUUGUUAGAAAUAAAGCUAGUUUCAUUUGACUGCCAUUCCCCCUCCCCCUCUUAAUUGCCUUAAUGUCUGUUGUACAUCCAUCUAGACUUUGUUUUAACACUUUUGCAUAUGAAUUCAUUGGAAAUAUUGUGUUUAAUGCAGAUGGUAUAUUGAAUCAUUCUGCAAUUUUCUUUUUUGCUUAGCAAUGUUUUUGAGAUCUAUGCAUGUUGCUAAAUGUAGAUGCAGUUCAUCCUUUGUAAUUGUUAUGUGGAUUGCCAUAGUGUGACUCUACCACAUUUUAUUUACCCAUUUCUCUUGUAAUAGACAGUAAGACUGUUUUCUGUUCUGCUGUCAUAGGAUAAAACACAGGAACAUUUGUGUGUGUGUGUGUGUGUGUGUGUGUGUGUGUGUGUGUGUGAGAGAGAGAGAGAGAGAGAGAGAGAGAGAGGCAGAGAGAGAAAAUUUGCCUGGGGUUGAUUCCUAGAAGUUGAAUUGCAGAGUCAUAGGCUAUUUAUAUUUUUGUUUUUGCCCUCCUGUACUAUUUACUCAAUAUUUUUCUUGAGGUUGUCUUAGGUCUAAUAUUGUUAUCUACUUUGAUUUUAUCCUAAGUAGUGAUAACCGUGAAAUGACGGGUUUGAUGUGCUAAGUAUGUAUUUUUCUAAUACAUAUUAAAAGGCAUAACUAUCAAAACAAAAUAAAUUUGUCUGUGUUCAACCAAAGAAGUCACAUACCACUACUGGUAUGUGUGCCAUAAUUUGGGAAAUGCUGGCAUACGUGGAAGAGCACAAUUUGGGAGUCACCCUGGUUCAAAUCCUAGCUGUAGAAACUUAAGCCUGUUACUUCACUUCCCUGAGCCUCAGUUUCCUCACAUAGGAAAGGAGAUAAUAUACACCUCCCUUGCAGUGGUGUAAGGAAGAUGAAAUGAAAUAAUAUCUGAAACAAUUUGGCUGGCACCUAGAUCCUCACAGGCCUUUACAGGUAGCAGUUGCUAUUCUCCCCACUUCACAGAUGAGGAGACUGAGGCCCAGGAAGGUUAAGUAACACAGCUACUAGAUAACAGUGAAGGUUUGAAUCCAGACCCAAUUCAGUCUUGUGCUUUCUCUACUGUGAGGGUGGUUAUCAACCUUGGCUGUGCACCGGAAUCACUUGUGAAGCUUUUCCUUUUCCUUUUUCUUUUUUUUUUUUUAAUCAAAGCAAUAUAUACACCAGUUAGAAAAUAAAAUAGUACAGAAGGGCUUAUAAUGAAAAGCAACAGUUCCCUGUCCAAAGGAUGUGGAGCUCCUUGUUCUGGUCCCAUCCCUGUAAAUGUAAUUCAGUAGGUAUGGAUAAUAAUCUGGAUAACUAAUCUCUACCUCAGGGUAGAAAGGAUUACAUGAGCUGCCACUUGGACUAAGGCCCUGGCACAUAGGAACACAAGUGCUACAAAGGACUUAGGUCCUGAGGAUCAAGGAAGUGAAAUGACUUGUCUGAGAUCUCAGGGGUUCAGUGGCAGCACCUCAACCUCAACUGGGAUAUUCUCUGUGCUUGCCCAGUGCUUCCCCGUGUGCCACACUGCCUCCUGUCAUCACAAGGCAACAUGUGCUCAGUGAAGGCUGUGCCCAGAGGAGAGCAGACACCAUGGUGUGUUUCCAAGAGCAAGCUGGAUGUGAAUAAAAUCCCUAGGGCUAGUUGGAGGACACUAGGUUGCCUCCCUUAUGCUUUGGACCCGGUGGUCUUGGUCCAGGGGAGUUGAAGAAUACUCCAUGACAGUGUCUACCUUUAGUUGGUUACUUCACUCUGAGUCACAGUGCUGUGCACCAGGGACACAAACAUGAGUCAAAUCAUUAUCCUGCCUUUGAGGAACUCACUGUCUAAUCGGGGAGGCAAUUCAUAAAACAGUGUGAUCAGUGCUCUGACAGGAGCAUGGAAAAAGGAGGAGCAUCUAGCUUAGGUUGAGGUUCCCGGAAGGCAUCCUAGUCAUGGAGGUAACACCUGAGCUAAGUCUUGAGGGACUGGCAGGAAUCAGCCAGUUGCAGAGCAAGUGGAAGGAAUCUCCAGGUAGUGGAAACAGUAUGCCAAAGACCCAAAGAUAAGAAACAGCAGAGCAAUUCAGAAAUACUGAAGCAUAAGGUUUCCUGGACUGGGGAAAAGCAGCAGGAAAUGAAGCUGGAGAGGUAGUCAACCAGAUUUGAAAAGAGUUGGAAGAGCCUGGUUUCAGAGUUCAGAUUUACCUUGUAGUACUGUGUGGUUCCCAAACUGGCUGUGCACCAGAAACACUUGGGUCAUCCUGGGCCCCAGCCUCUAAAAGGUCAAUUUUCUGUAACUGGGGUGGAGGCCUCAGGCUCUUGAGUGCUUAUAAGAGUUAGCACAAGACUCUAGGGUACAGCAGGUUUGGGAGCUAUGGGCGGAAGGCAGCAGGGGAGCCAUGGGGUAGUUUUAAGCAGGGGAGACUCCAGAUGAGAGUUUAGCAAACUCCUUUCUGACUGGGCAGUGCGGAAUUAGAUUAGGUUAGAUGCUCAUGCUGUAUGUUCCCAUGCCUGCAGUUUCCCUGUUGUUCAGUUCUCACACUGUUUUAUAUUUGCUUGUUUUGCCUCUCUGAAUAAGCUGUAAGCACCACAAGGGUGAGCCUGGGUUUUACUUGCUACGGGUAUAUCCUCAGCAAGAAGUACAGUGCCUGACCCCAAAUAGGCACCCAGUAAAUAGGUUUUGAAUGAAUGAAUGCACGAAUGAGUACAUUUGCAAGGGAGAGAAUGGAGACAGGGAGAUUAGUUAGGGAACUGUUGAAAAUACCAGGCCUACUCAACAGCAAGGGCAGUGGGAAUGGAUUGGAGGUGGUAUGGUGUGAGCUGUUAAGGGAAGAUGGUGAACCAGAUUUGGUGACUGGUUAUUGGAUGUGGAGAGUGACUGAAAGGAUAGAGUGAAUACUCGUUAAUAGCCAAGAUUCCUACCCUAUCCCAUUUUCCUUCCUCAUCCAUCUGAAUCAGAAUCUCCUUCCAGCCUCCUCAGCAACUGGAAUUCCUCCCUCAAGUUAGGUGAACAUUCUCUGUGUGCUGUGUGGUCCCUCCCCCAACCCCUGGCAUUGAUUCAUUCAUCCAGUUCAAUAAAUCUUGGCUAAGCACC